AUGGGAAUGACCACAGGAGGAUCUAUUCUGGAGCAGUACUUUGUUGAAAAAAAGGCAGAGGCCAUCUUCAUGCAUGACUAUGCUCCUUGUCAUGCCUUUGAAGCCACCACUGCCUGGUGUCAGAAGAACUUGCAGCAUUCUGGGGGAAGGACUCUCAGGUUUCAAGCAACAUGUUUCCAAGCAAGGAGUAUUUUAAAUUUCACCAUUGAGUCCAUAACCAUUCCCUUCUCCAUUGAACCCUUGAGAGGAGCAGAGCUUGCUGGAGGUGGAUUACGGCCCUCUGUGGAUAUAACAACAACAGCCAUUGAACUGGAAGACAAUGCUUUCCAUGCUCAAUGUAUCCAAGGAUCUCAGUUGUCACUUGUCCAUAAUCAUGCAGAUUGUCAUCAACUCUUUCAGAUGUGGAAUGAUGAAAACCCAGAUAAGAAAGCCAUUCCACUUUGCCCCAAAGUACCUCCCACAGAAGUUGAGCUGUUCGAGAAAUGUCGUAGCCACUACCGAAGUUGA